AUGGCUUCGAUGCUGACGAGACAGGCGCUGUGGGUGCCAGUGGUGAAGCACAACCCGGCGUUUGUCGAGAACGUGCACAAGCUGCUCCAAGCGAGCCCCAUCGCCUCUCUUACCGCCGCCGCCAUCAGGCUAAAGCUGGAGGAGGUGCAAGUCGCGCUGGAGCCAGACGCGUGGCACCCUGACAAGAUGAUCGCGUCCAUGAUGGCAUUCCCAGUACAGAUCUCGGCUGCUGCGUGUGACUACAUGCUCGAGCAGCAGCAGCGACAGCAGCCGAAACCGCGAGAGCUUGCUUUCGGGUUCGCGAUUUCCAUCUGUGACUCGUGCAACACGCUUCAUGUGAUGGAGCGGCUUCUGCCAGCGUCCAACCGGCACGUGUCUGUCAACAUGCAGACCCACUGCAUGCGCAACCUCCGGGAAGAGGAGAAGGUGGUGGUGGUGAGCACCAUCGACAAGAUGGGCAAGCGGCUCGUGUACUGCAAGACGGACUAUUUCGUUGAGGCGACGGCGCCAGUGCCAGAGGAGGUGGUGCAGCGCGAGAGGAGCGUCAAGACGCUGGCAGAGUUGCGUGCAGCGCUGAUGCACUACGAGAAGGCGGUGUCGGGGGCACAUGUCAAGUCCAUUAUCUCAGCGAGCAAGCCCGGAUAA